AUGAGGUCUUCUCCGUAUCGCACCAGAUCGUCCCACCUGUUCAAUAUGCGUGUUUCAACUGUCUCUGCCAUACUCGGCCUCACCGCUGGCUUUGCCAGUGCGGCUCCAGUCCAGCCCAAGGAGGUGCAAAACCGCGAUGCUGCUCCUCAGUGGUAUGAUAUCACCUACAUCGACAAGGUGAAGCGCGAGGAAGCGGACAAGAAGCGUGAUGCUGAGGCCCAGUGGUACGAUAUCACGUACAUCGACAAGGCCAAGCGUGAGGAGGCGGACAAGAAGCGUGAUGCCGAAGCCCAAUGGUACGACAUCACCUAUAUCGACAAGGCCAAGCGCGAAGAGGCCGACCAGAAGCGCGACGCGGAAGCCCAAUGGUACGAUAUUACGUACAUUGACAAGGCUAAGCGCGAGGAAUCUGAGAAGAAGCGUGAUGCUGAGGCUCAAUGGUACGACAUCACUUAUAUCGACAAGCGCGAGGAGGAGGAAAAACGGAAGGCAGAUCCUCAAUGGUAUGAUAUUACCUACAUCGACAAGCGGGCUGAGGAGUAA